GAAAACAUAUAAAACAAAUAUAAAACAAUUAAAAAAUUCAAUUAUGGCACUAUCAUUUUGCUACGCACCACCAAUAUCAACGCAAUACAUAUUUGAUGAUCAGGAUGAGCCAACGACGGUUCAAAAAGUCAGGGAGGCUUGUCAGCACAUUAGUCUUGCUCGAGGAUGUCAGAUCAACUUGGUAACAAAUACCAAAAUAAAAGCAUCCAUGCCACUUCUCGAUACACCUGGCUUUGGUUACAACAUAUCGAUGACAGGUGGAGUACAAGAUGCCCUUUUGAAGGCUCGCGGCGAUUUACUUAACCAAUCCUCGUUAAAGGUGAGGAAUAUACACCACAAUAUAUUCGUGUGCUCAAAAUUGAUAACACCCUUAUGAUAGAUAAAAAUGACACUUCAGAUCUCACUUGUCAGUGACAUUUCAGCCGAUCUUUUCACAGAUCUUGUCAACUUGCUAAAUGUCAAGAUCAAUGUCAUUCCUCCAAAACAACGCCACUCUUCACUGUUAUCGGACAAUCCGACACGAAUUGAAAUGAUUGGGCUACCUCAACAAGUAGAAGAGUGUCGUGUACGUGUGCUUGUCUUGUUAGAUGAAAAGAAAAACAACCUAAAGACAGAUGUAGUGGAAUUACCCUUAAAGCUACAUUAUUUGAUAUGUGGUAGAAAGCGCUGUGGUCUAUUACCCAUCAUCGAAGAGACAUCCACCAAUAUAUAUUUCCCUUCACCUUUCCUCCAACGACCUUCUUCUGAGGAUGAUGACUAUAAAGCCAAGAUUUACAUCACAGGCGAAAAGUCAAGUCAGGUUGCACGAGUGAAGGAUAUGCUGAAUAAACUCGCAGUUCAAAAGGCCAAAUCCAUGUAUCACAAGGAUACAGAUUUGUCUUCGAGGAAAAUAGACUGGCUUUUAUUACAUCGUCGUGAUGACUUACGUAAAAUAAUGCACGACAAUGGUGCCUACAUCCUCUUUCCUCCUCUCGGCUCCGGCAAGACCAAGAUCACAGUCUAUGCAGAAAAUCGAGUGAACGCCGAACGUACGCUCCGUUCACUCAACCUGCAAGCCUGUAGUAUCUACGAGGCCUCGUUUUACUUUAACCAUACUGAAGACACAGAGUCUCUCGAAAAUCGUGCAUCCUUCUUCAACUCGCCUCUUCACUUAGCCACCUUUGUAUCUGAUCUUUCGCGCAUCUCUGGCUCCGAAGUGCUCUACAGGGCCGAACAGAGUUGCAUCGAGGUCUUGGGCUCUGAAAGAGCCAUUCGCAACGUGUAUCAGCGUCUUCAAGAGAUGCAAUUCCUUCAAAUUUUCCAUCAUCAAACAAUCUUCCGAGUUGAAUCAUCCAAUGACCACCGUGACUUCAUUUCGGGCAAGAAGAACGGCAAAAUCAACAAGAUCAUGCGCACUUCAGGCGCCAAAAUCAAGUUUUCAUCAUCCAUCAACGACUACAAUUUUGUGAUCGAGGUUGAGAGCACCAGUUUCACCAAGGCUCUUGACGGACUCACCUUGCUCCAGGAAGAACUCCCUGCCGAAAUUUCAUUUUAUGUUCCAGAAUCUUAUCAUAAGCGAAUCAUUGGCGUUGGCGGGAAAAACAUUCAACGGAUUAUGAAACGGUAUGGCGUGUUUGUCAAAUUUUCAAACACCGAAGAAUUUGCCGCCCUAGGUGGAUACUACAACAAUGAGGACAACGUGGUUGCAAGAACACCAAUGAAGAACCAGAUCAAUUUGGAUAAUCUCAGGCACGCUGUCAUGGAACUAGUGCAGCCCAAGGACAGAAGCUAUGUGAACAAGCAUGUCAAGGUGCCCUUUACAUUACAUCGUGAGCUGAUCCACAAGUAUCAGGCAGACUAUAUCUCGGAAGACAUUGGCAAAAAGACAAACACACGCGUGCUCUGGCCAGAUAACGAGUUGGGUUGCAACUAUGUCACCCUUCUGGGCCCCGAAGCUCAUAUUCCCACUGCAUGCUCUAUGCUCGAAAGCAUUGUACCCGAAAUCUAUCACCUCUACGUACCCCGCUCAUUCCCAAGCUUGAUUUCCUCUGAUGCAUUUCAGGAAAAGGUCGUUUCCGAUUUUCUCCAGAAAUACCAGAUUAAAGUAGAUACGUUACCCUAUGCGAAUGAGGAUGGUGUCAUCCGGCUGCACCUCAAGCUCAAUCAAAUAGAAACAGACUUGCCAGACGCUCUUAGUGUGCUUGUUGAACAUUUGAAAGAACAUGAUAUUACCUUGAACGAAGACGACAAGACAAUGCCUACCAUGGAUCUUUCGUAUAUCUUAUCUUCUACUAAUGUGCUCGAUAACCCUUUACCUUGGACCCCUGUCACUCAGGAUAUCGACGGCCCCAUACCUUCAGCUUCGACCUCUGCUCAGUCCUCGAGUGGCUCUAUGCCUGAUAACAGUAAUCUUCGAUCCAUUUUCAAUUCCCUGCCUUUAGAUGAACCUGUCGUUCCCGGAUACACUGGAUUAACUCCCGGUGGUGGAAUUUGGACUCCUUCAAGAUUUUAAUAUAUACAAUUUUAUACAUACUCUCUCUUUCUCUCGUA